CUUAGAAGAUAACCCAGUAGACGUCACCAUGAUUAGAGCAGUAAUUUUGACGAUCUGCAUCGCUUUGGCGUUUGCUGGUUAUGACAAGAGACAGAGACAUUUUCCGUAUUACGGAUCCAGUGUUCGCUCUCUAUAUGGCGGAUAUGGUGGAUAUGGCGGAUAUGGUGGAUAUGGCGGAUAUGGCGGAUAUGGUGGAUACGGCGGAUAUGGUGGAUAUGGCGGGUAUGGUGGAUAUGGCGGUUAUGGCGGAUAUGGCGGAUAUGGAGGGAAUGGUGUAAGCUCUCCAUAUGGCGGAUAUGGCGGAUACGGUGUAGGUUCUCCCUAUGGGGGAUACAAUUUACUCGGUUCCCAAUAUGGCGGGUUUGGUUCUCAGAGCAAUUAUCCAAUGUAUAGACGGCAUCGAAAGAGCGUAUACUAAGACCUUCCCAGCAUGAAAAAUAGACAGACCGAUGACAGGACAGCCGGCUUAUACCUAAUAAAAUGAGUUAUUGUUAAAAUCAUUCAAAUAAAAAUGCAGCAUUUA